AUGCUCUAUCUCGUGGGUUUGGGUCUUGCCGAUGAAACGGACAUAACAGUCCGUGGCCUCGAAGUGGUGAAGAAGGCGGAACGAGUCUACCUCGAAGCAUACACAAGCAUUCUUCUUGUCGAUAAGGCCAAACUAGAAACAUUCUAUGGCCGUCCUGUUAUUGAAGCCGACCGAGAGCUCGUCGAGACCGGUAGCGACGACAUCCUCGCAAAUGCGGACAAGGUGGAUGUAGCUUUCCUCGUGGUUGGGGAUCCCUUUGGAGCUACGACGCAUACCGACCUCGUCCUCCGCGCGCGCGAACUGGGCAUCGAGUCCAAGGUUAUCCCGAACGCCUCGAUCAUGUCCGGAAUUGGCUGCACUGGUCUUCAGCUGUACAACUUUGGCCAAACAGUGAGCAUGGUCUUCUUCACAGAGACCUGGAAGCCGUCCUCGUACUACGACCGUGUCAAGGAAAAUGUCCAGCUAGGACUUCAUACUCUUGUGCUGCUUGACAUCAAGGUCAAGGAACAGUCGUUGGAGAACAUGGCAAGAGGACGCUUGAUUUAUGAACCCCCGAGGUACAUGACCGUUGCGCAAUGCGCUGGUCAAAUGCUGGAAACCGAAGAAGAGCGGGAGGAGGGUAUUUGGGGGCCAGACAGCCUUGCCGUGGGGGCUGCCCGAGUUGGGGCCGCAGAUCAGAAACUGGUUGCGGGCACUCUGCAGGAACUAAGUCAAGUUGACAUGGGCGCGCCACUACACAGUCUGGUCCUGUUGGGCCGCAGAGCGCAUGAUCUGGAGAAGGACUACAUUCGGCAAUUCGCCGUGAAUGGGGAAACGUUUGACGCAAGUUGGAAGAAUGGGAAAUAUGGUUCCAGUUGA